AUGGUGAACCACCACGCCGCGCGUACGCGCGACGUUGCGCCGACACCGCCGCCACAGCAGGCAAGCUACGAGCCCCCCGAGGGGCCAUAUGCGCCGCCAACUGGUCCGCAAGCACCUGGUACUGGUGGCCCACAGCAGGCGCCCCAGGUCCAGUUUACCCAACAGCACCAACAGCAGUCGUACGCUCCGCCGUCCCCGGUGCAGCAGGCUGCGCCACUCCCCACUCAGCAACAGCAGCAGUUCGUGCCCCAGCAGGCACAGCAGGCCCAGCAAGCCCAGUUCCAACAUUUUGCCCCGCCGUCGCCAGUGCAGCAGGCCCAAUCACUCCCCCAGAAGCAGCAGCAGCAACAGGCGUUCCGUCCCCCCUCGCCGCCACAGCAAGCCCCGCAAGUUCAGCAGCAGCCCCAGUUCGCGCCGCCCUCCCCAGUCCAAGCACCCCAGCAGCAACAGUUCGCCCCUGCUCCUUCUCCGGCCCAGCAAGCCCCGCCUCAAUCCGUCGCGCCGCCCAAGCCCGUGGGCCAAGCAGCCGAGUACUACGGCGACUCGCCACCUCUGCCGACGGCACCGCCCGCCGCGCCGGGCACGUAUGCUCCCCCCGGUCCGCCGCCGGGGCCGCCACCCGGCCCUCCGCCAACCGCGCCUGCACCGGGACCAGCCCCCGCCCCGGCCCCAGCUCAGCCUGACGCGGGCGCAGACAACCCCCUCGCAGCCCUCCUCGGCGCCUUCGGCGGCGGCGGCGGAGGCGGAGCCCCCGGCGCUGCAGGCCCGCUCGCGGCUCUGGGCGGCGGCGGACUCGGCACGAUCCUCGGUUCUGGCGUGCUCGACCAGUUUAUGGGCAAGAAGAAGAAGGACGACGAGGAUGCCGGCCCUCUGGGGGCGCUGUCGGGCCUGCUGGGCGGGAAGAAGAAGAAGAAGAAGCGCUACGAUGACGAGGACGAGUACGACCGGCCGCCGCAGGGGCAGUGGGGCGGUGGAGGUGGUGGUUACCGCCCGGGGCCGGGGUACGGCGGUGGGCCGCCUGAUGGUGGUGGCUAUGGCGGGUGGGGCGGUGGUGGAGGCGGUGGUCGGCCGUACGAGCAGCAGCAGCAGGGGUACGGCCGGCCUCAGCAGGGGUUUGAGGGGUACGGCGGCCACGGCGGCGGCCAGGGCCAUGGCGGGGGCUAUGGCGGCAGUGGGGAGGAGCACAGUGGGGGCGGGGGGUACGGGGGUGGAGGUGGUGGUGGAUACGGCGGCGGUGGAGGUGGAUAUGGCGGCGGUGGUCAGUACGGCGGCGGAGGUGGCGGGUACGGAGGUGGUGGGUACGGAGGUGGCGGGGGUAUUCAGUAUGGUGGUGGCGGCGGUGGCGGUGGACUGCAGUACGGUGGCGGAGGCGGCUAUGGCGGCGGCGGCGGUCCCGGCCCGUAUGGCCGUCGCGAGCUCGAGCGUGACGAGGAGUGA